AUGGACAUUACGCCUGUCUUGAACCAGGUGCUGGCCACACACAAUGCCGGGCCCAUUGAGCCCCCUGUAUUUCGAGUCGACGACCUGGACGAGUUUCUCAAGGAGGCAUACCGCAUUCGCACACACAUCACCAAGCUGCACAGCGACCUCAAGUCCAUACGACGAAGCUAUCUCUCCACGGCCCAUGCUCCCCGACGGAAGCAAUAUGCGCGCUCUAGCGCCUCCCUCUCAGCAGAUAAGGAGACGAGGUACCUGAGCGAUGCAGAACGCACGGAGAUCGAUGCCCAGGCAAAGCAAUCUCUGCGCGACCUAAACUACGCCAUCAACACCCUCCGCGACGCAGAGCAGAUACGGCAGACGACAGAGUCGCAGGUUGCACUGAGGAAACGGGCCAAACAGGGCCUCGGCGCGUUGGGACGAUGGGCUGCUGGUGGGGCCAUUACGGCCAAGAGCGUGGAGGAGAGCGUUGAAGAGGCAAAGGCGAAUAACAUCAGGGCACACAGGGAGAGCAUUAUAUGGUCGUUGCAGAACCAACUCGAGGCAUGUGGGCGCUUUCAGAGCAAGAUGAUGGAAAUCAGGCUUUUGAGGGAGGUGGAGAAGAGCAAGAGCGUGCUGUACAAGACACGGGCCACGGGCCCGAGCAGCCAGGGCGAGGCGGAUGUGAAGGAAGUGGAGAAUCAGCUGGACCCCGAGCAACUACAGCUCUUUGCGCAGGAGAACCAGGACAUGUUGAAGCAGUACGAGGACCAGCUGGAUAAAGUUCGGGCCACGGAGAAGUCACUGACGGAGAUUUCGGAGCUGCAAUCGACGCUCGCCAACAACCUCAGCCUGCAGUCGGCGCACAUUGACCAGCUUGUGCAAGACUCGUUCCAGACGACGGAGAAUGUCGGGAGCGGGAACAAGGAGCUGAAGCGGGCGACGGAGCGAGGGAGCACAGCGCAAAAGGUGUUUUGGGCAACUUGUGCUUUUUGCGGAACGCUGGUGCUGUGGGAUCUGUUUGUCUGA